UUGGGGGUUGGCGACUUUCCCGCCAAAAUUCUCCCUCCGCGUCGUCGUCCGGGCCGCAUUCUCACCUCGGGGCUUCGUGUUGAGUUUGUGAGGAGAAGUCGAGAACAUUUUAUAAAGUUGUUGAUUCUUUGACGAGUGACGAGCCAUGGACGCGACCAGUGGGAUGCGAGCGCGCGUGAACACCAGCACGCUGUCCCAGUACGUGGGCAAGGUGGGGCAAUUCCUCGGGAAAGUGGAGCAGGUUCACCAGUCCGGUUCGAGCUUCACAAUGAGCGACGGAGAUGGCCAGAACAUCACCGUGGAGAUGCAGGCACCGCUGGACGAAUUGCUGAGUGGGGUGGUGGACGUGGCGGCUCGCGUCACCCACAAGGGCUCGCUGCAAUGCCUGAGCUACGAGCGCAUCCGGGAGGACAAGGUGCCCUUCGACCUCAACCUGUACAACGAGGCCAUCAAGAUUAGCCAGGACUUCUCCCAGUUCUACCUGCCGGAGCAACUGAACAUGUGAUGACCUCUGUCGUUCGAGCCCCCCGUCGACCGGUCAACCCCAAACCAGCACACGGUGGAGUGGCGGAGUUGGGGGGGGGUCUUAACUCACAGCGGACGGAGCGGGUUCACCCGCCUCGGCAGUUCCACGAAUUGUCGCGAUCCCAUUCCAGAGUCGCGGUGAGCACGGUUGGCUACGUACGGUGGCGAAAGAGGUUUCACCGUGCGCUCGUGCAUGGUUCGAUUCGGGUGAAAUGGCGCCUCUAGUGGCUGCAAGGGGUCUUCUUCUCGUCGUACAGCUGUUGUGGAUGCAGCAGAACAACGACGCCUCCGACAAUCUCACAUUCAGGUGGUCAGGUUGGCCACAAGGGUGAUGCAAACUCAAGAACACACAACGCAUACGGGUCGAAAAGCAUCGAUUUUCACACGUGCUCGAUUCUUCUCGCGUAUCGGUGAGCUUAAUCAUAUUUCGACGUUAAUCGUUACUUCGUACCACCACCCAAUAAAGUACCCACGGCGGUGGGAUUUACGUAUAUUGAGACUUGUACCCCUUCCUCCACCGGCACAUCUUGAGCCGUGCCGGCACUGGGCCAGCACGGCACGGGUAGUUUUCCCUGUUGCCGAGCCGGAACCGAAGCCGCCCUUAACGCUGGCUUCACGGGACAAAUCCGCGCUAGGAGCGGGGCCUCGUGACGUGCGCACGAUGCGUGUUUUCGCGUCGCCUGCGUCGUUUGCAACCGCGCGUCUUACGGUCAUGAGUCGCGUAACGUCAGCGGCACGGCUCUACUUGUGCAGUGGAAAAUAAACCCGGAUUUCCUGACCUGUGCAGUGCUAACCCGGCAUGGCCCCAGCACAGCUCAGAUGUGCAAAUGGAAAAGAGGUAUUGGCUUGGUUAUAAAUUUAAACUAAACUAUUUUAAUUUUACCAGGUAAGGGCCACUGAGCUACAUACAGUGAAACCUUGGAUUGCGAGCAUAAUUCGUUCUGGAAACGUGUUUUAUAAUCCAAAACACUCAUAUCAAAGCAUUAGUAUAUCAGUUGUGAUCACGUGACGCUCGGCAGACAGCGUAUACACGCACUGCUCGUAUUGCAAGACCUCGCUCGUUUUUAAAAAUAAUAUUUACUUAAAAAUGUGCUCGUCUUGCAAAACACUCGCAGACCAAGUUACUCGCAACCCAAGCUUUUACUGGAGCUCUUUCAAAAGCGACCUGGCUAUCUCAACUAAUAGCUCAACGAAGUGGCUCAUCAUCCACGCGACCACGGAGAGAGAGAGAGAUGUGCAAACUCCACAUAUACAGCAGCAAGUGUCGGGGUCAGGAUCGAACCCACGACCGCCUGCAUACCAGGCGAUGGAGUUAAGAGUCAUAGCGGAGAGGUGACUCGCCUGACUCGUGUUCUCGAUUGGUGGUUCAAAUCCUGAUCUGCUCCGCGAUAUAUUUGUACAUCACAAACAGCGUAAUCCAUUGCUGCUUAUUGUGCUCUCUUAAUUUAUAAUUGCGUGACGUUGACCUUCUUUCACACCGUACGUAGCCAACCGCGCUAAUUUAAUUCGUGUCUUUCUAAAUGUAAAAUAAGAAAUUGCAGUUUUUGUCAAUCCGCCGCUGAAUGAAGGCAUCCGCCGCACACCGUAUCAGUUGUGGGGGUUGCUUGACCAUACUUCACCACGCUGGUCAGUGUGGUUCGAUGAAGUGGAUGCGGGUUGUAUGGGGCUCCUUCAGAUAUCGCUCGCCGCUGCUGUUAGCAAUGACCGGGAAUCGAGCUCAAGUUUGUCAGGGAUCGUAGUGUGGCCGCGUUCACUACUGCACCACCCUGCAUUUCUAAUUUUGUAGCAUCGUAAAUUACCACCAAUGGAAGUUAAGUGCCAAUGCAUACAGAAGCACAACCGGUCCACACCCUGUUGGCUUUCCAGAACACCUUUACUCAGCAGCAUUUGCCUAAGCAAGCAGACUCUGGACCGGUUUCAACUUCUUGAGUCUCGUCAGCAGAGCGAGGCUUGUGAACACAAAUGCUGCCGGGUUGCCCGUCGUCAUUGGCAGGAGCACCCCAACAAAGCCACAGCGUGCAUCGUUUGUACAUAACGGAUGGGGAAUGCGGUUGUGAAUUAAAGUCAAUUUGGGGAAGGACGUGUGUUAACAUUAAGGCCAUCACUGCGGCCCAAAUAUGUGGGGGUUUGUUUUGGCCAUGGGUCAGGAACCCACAGCUCCUUGAGGAAUCUCUUCGUUGGCGUUAUUCACAUGCAUUUUGAAAUAAAACAUUUUUGUUUCCGAAAUGUCUUGGCCAGGAGUCGGCAAACCUUGCAGGCUGUUGUAUCGGUGCCGCAUGUGGCUCUUUGAGGACCGCUACGUGACGUUAUUCACGUGCAUUGCGCCUCUUGAAAUACAUUUUUUGUUGUUACCGAAUUAGAAAAAAAAAACGGCUGCUCCUGUUAUUUUUGUUGCUGACCCCACCACGCCCGGUCUUGGCUGUGUGAAUUGAAAAAGUAAGCGCUCUUGACAUUGAAUUUGAAACGUAAGCGUUGUGACCGCGUAGCUUUUGGCCGCGGUUGUUCAGGCUCAAUUUUGUUUUCGCAUUGCCGCUCGGCCGAAGGCGUCGAGGUUCGGUGUGUAGCCACAGCUUCUAGAUUUGAAGCUUUCGUGACUACAAGGAUUCAUACUCUUUGGUUUUUUCGGUAAAGUCACGUAGGUAAAAAAAUAAAAUUAAAAUUCAUAGAAGUAAUAAUAGAAAUAAAAUAAUAAAAAUCACGACGUUUCGAAGGCAACACAAGUCUCCGUCAUCAGGUGGGACCGUCACAGCCAGAUUUACUGUAUCAAGUGAUACCGUCACAGCUAGAUUUACUGUAUCAAGUGAUACAGUAAAUCGAGCUGUGACGGUCCCACCUGAUGACGGAGACUUGUGUUGCCUCCGAAACGUCGUGAUUUUUAUUAUUUUCUAUUUAUAAAAAAUGUUUAAAAAAUUACCUACGUGGCUUUACCGAAAAAACCUAAGAAUAUCCACAGCUUGUGUUGCGGAGGUUAUAAGCUAAACUAAACUAUUUUAAAAACCGCAUUUUAUUUGACCAGGUAAAGCCCACUGAGCUUUUAGCGGUUAUUCAGAAGCAGCUUCUCAUCACGUGGACACUUACAGCAGCCACAUAAUCUAAACGCACCUUUCUAAAUGUGGAGGGAAAAAACGGAGGACCCGGAGGAAAGUUAAUGCAACCACAGAGAUAACAAUCGAACUCCCAAAUAUACAGCAGCAGGCGUCAGGGUCAGGACCGAACCCACGACCUCCCGCAUACCAGGCGAGGGCGACAACAUCCCGCCACCUCGGCAUUUCCCCACCGAGCAAUCGCAGUUAAAUAGCCGCUUGAAGUGUUCACUUUGUGUUGAUUCCAUUGUUGUUUUCCUUGCUUGUUGAAGUAUAGAGUGUCCGUGUUGUCAUUUCCUUGAACCCUUCAAGUGAAUUAAAAUGAAUUUUGCCUUCUGUG